CCCGGCUCAGGGCGGUCACUGCUCCAGGACUUAUAAGGGAGGAGGGUGGAUAGGCUGCCUUUUGUCUAACUCCCUGUGAUCACCACGCGCCACCCACGCAACGCCAUCACCUCACCUCUGCCCUGGGACAGGCACUGCUCUUCUUCAAGGCAAAGGUCUCUGGGGUCCUUUUUAUAGCUGAUCCCUUCCUGGGAGGCUUUCAUUUCUUGGUCCCUCUUGACGGGGGAAGGCGGGCAGCCAGGGGCCCGUUCCCCGGGAAAUGCUGGUGAUCUGGAUUCCGACGCUGGCUCUCUGGCUCUGCGCGUCCUUUACUGCUACAUUGACACAGGGCUCAACAGAAAGCACUAGUAUUGAAGAUAAUACAAGUUCUGCAUCCACACCCAGUUCAAGUGACUCUUUUACCACUUUUAGUGGCUAUGGGAUAUCCACCAAAUUUACUACUGUAAAACCCAUUGUCUCUGCCACCAUCUCAGAGGGCUCGAAAUAUACAACCUUCCACAGCAGCCAAGGCUCCAGUCACACAACACUCUUCCCUCACAGCACCACAAGCUCAGGCAUCACUGAAACAUCUAAACACGUCCACAACAGCACUGGUUCAACACACACAACACUGUCCCCUGCCAGUUCCACAAGCGCUGGCCUUCAGGAAGAAUCUGGAACUUUCCAGAGCUGGCCAAGCUCAAAUGACACAACACCUUCAUAUCCUAGCACCACAUCAGCCCCUGUUGAAGUAUCUACAACCUACCACAGCAGACAGAACUCAAUUACAACAACACAAUUUUCUGCCAGCUCAGAAACCUUGGACCAUGGUGAGGAAUCAACAAAAGUCCACAGCAGCGCAGAUGGAACUGGAACAACACUCUUACCUACCCGCUCCACAACCUCAGUUCUUGGAGAAUACACAGUAUCACCCAUCACUUCAGGCUCAACGGAAACAGCAAUGUUAAGUGGCAGUACCACAACACCAGGCCUCAGUAAGAAACCUACCACCAUCUACGGUAGCCCCAGAGCAGCAGACACAACACUUUCCCCUGCCAGCAAGACAAGCUCAGGCAUCAGGGAAGAACUCACCACAUCCCACAGCCGACCAGGCUCAAUGCACACAACACUGUUACCUGCCAGUGCUACAACUUCAGGGCUCAGUGAGAAGCCUACAACCAUCCCCAGCAUGCCAGACUCAGUGCACACAACGCUGUUACUGACCAGCACCACAACGUUAGGCCUCAGUGAAAAAUCAACAACUUCCCACAGCAGUCCAGGCUCAACGGAGACAACACUCUUCCCUGAAAGCACUACAACCUCAGGACGCAGUGAAGAAUCAACAACUUCCUACAGCAGCACAACUCACACACCAUCACCUCCUAGAACCACAUCUGCCCUUGUUAAAGAAUCUUCAAGUUACCACAGUAACCUGGGCUCUCCUGCAACAAAACACUUCCCUGACAGCUCCACAACCUCAGGCCAUAGUGAGGAAUCAACAGCAUCCCACAGCAGCCCAGACGCAAUGGAAACCACAUUCUUACCCAACCGCUCCACGGUCUCAGCUCUGCUUAGAGAAUCUACAACCUCACCCAUCAGUUCAGGCUCAGUGGAAACAACAAUGUUACCCAGCAGUACCACAACACCAGGCCUCAGGGACAAAUCGACCACUUUCCACAGUAGCCCCAGAUCACCAGACACAACACUCUCACCUGCCAGCACGACAAGCUCAUCUGUCAGUGAAGAAUCCACCACCUCCCUCAGCCGACCGGGGUCAACGCACACAAUGGCGUUCCCUGACAGCACCACCAUACCAGGCCACAGUCAGGAAUCGACAACUUCCCACAGCAGCCCAGGCUCAACAGACACAACACUAUUCCCUGGCAGGACCACAGCACCAUCCCUUGGUCAAGAAUCCACAACCUUCCACAGCAGCCCAGGCUCCACUCAUACCACACUCUACCCUGACAACUCCACAACCUCAGGCCUCCUUGAAGCAUCUACACCCGUCCACAGCAGCACUGGUUCACCAUACAAAACACUGUCCUCUGUCCGAUCUACAACCCAUCAGGGGGAACCUACCACCCUCAUGAGCUGGUCAAGCUCAAAUGACACUACGCCCACACCUCCUACUAUCACAUCAGCCUUUGUCGAUGUAUCUACAUCCUACCAAAGCAGCCUGAGCUCAACUCCAACAACCCACUUCUCUCGAGGCUCCACAAGCUUGCGCCGUAGUGAGGAAUCAACAAUAGUCCACAGCAGCCCAGAUGCAACUGGAACAACAGCCUCACUCGCCCACUCCACAGCCUCAGGUCGUGGAGAAUCUACAAUCUCACCGAUCAGUCCAGUCGCAGCUGAAAUAACAACAUUACCUGGCAGUACCACAACAACAGGCCUCAGUGAGACAUCUACCACCUUACACAGUAGCCCCAGAUCACUGACCACAACACUCUCACAUACCAGCAUGACAAGCCUAGGCGUCAGUGAAGAAUCCACCACCUCCCAUAGCCAACCGGGCUCAACUCACUCAACAGUGUCACCAGCCAGCACCACCAUGCCAGGCCUCAGUGAGGAAUCUAGCACCAUCUACAGUAGCCCAGGCUCAACUGAAACCACAGUGUCCCCUGGCAGCAGCACAACCUCAAUUCGUGGGGAAGAAUCCACAACCUUCCACAGCCUGCCAGCAUCAACUCACACAACACUGUUCACUGAGGUCACCACCACCUUGGGACACACUGCGAAAUCUACAGCCUUCCCCGGCAGCCUUGUCUCCACCCAAACGGUGUUACCUGCCACUCUCACAACCACAGACCUCGGUGAGGAAACAACAACCUUCCUCAGCACCUCAGGCUCAAGUGAAACAACACUGUCACCUGCCCGCUCCACAACCACAGGCCUUGUUGGACAAUCUACAACCUCACCCAUGAGUCCAACCUCAACUAAUACAACAACAACUUUAUCUGGCAUUACCACAUCACCAAGCCUCAGUGAGAAAUCUACCACCUUCUACGCUAGCCUCAGAUCACCAGAUGCAACACUCUCACCUGCAACCACAACAAGCUCAGGCGUCAGUGAAGAAUCCAGCACAUCCCUUAGUCAACCAGGCUCAAAGCACACAACAGCCUUCCCCGACAGCACCACCAUGUCAGGCCUCAGUCAGGAACCUACAACUUCCCACAGCAGCCAAAGCUCAACAGACACAGCACUGUCCCCUGGCAGUACCACAGCCUCAUCCCUUGACCAAGAUUUUACAACCUUCCCCAGCAGCCCAGGCUCCACUGAAACCACAGUCUCACCUGAAAACACCACAACCUCAGGCCUCGAUGAAGCCUCUACACCCAUCCACAGCAGCACUGGCUCACGACACACAACACUGUCCCCUGCCAGCUCCACAAGCCCUCAGGGAGGCCUUCAGGGAGAAUCUACCACCUUCCAGACCCACCUAGGCUCAACUCACACAGCACCUUCACCUCCUAGCACCACAACUACACUUGUUGAAGAAUCUACUACCGCCAACAGCAGCCCGGGCUCAACUGCAACAACACACUUCCCUGACAGCUUCACAACCUCAGGCCAUAGUGUGGAAUCAACAGCAUCACACAACAGCCCAGAUGCAAUGGAAACUACAUUCUUAUCCACCCGCUCCACGGUCUCAGUUCUUUUUGGAGAAUCUACAACCUCACCCAUCAGUUCAGGCUCAGUGGAAACAACAAUGUUAUCCAGCAGUAACACAAUAGUAGGCCUCAGUGAGACAACGACCACUUUGCACAGUAGCCCCAGAUCAUCAAACACAACACUCUCACCUGGCAGUAGGAGAAGCUCAGGUGUCAGUGGAGAAUCCACCACCUCCCUCAGCCAACCAGGGUCAAUGUACACAACGGUGUUCCCUGAAAGCACCACCAUACCAGGCCUCAGUCAGGAAUCUACAAUUUCCCACAGCAGCCCAGGCUCAAGAAACACAACAUUGUUCCCUGGCAGGACCACAGCAUCAUCCCUUGGUCAAGAAUCCACAAUCUUCCACACCAGCCCAGGCUCCACUCACACCACACUCUUCCCUGACAACACCACAACCUCAGGCCUCGUUGAAGCAUCUACGCCCAUCCACAGCAGGACUGGCUCAACACACACAACACUGUCCUCUGUCGACUCUAAAACCCAUCAGGGGGGAGCUACCACACUUGCCAGCUGGUCAGGCUCAAAUGACACUACACCUGCACCUCCUUCUACCACAUCAACCUUUGUUGAUGUAUCUACAUCCUACCAAAGCAGCCCGAGCUCAACGCCAACAACUCACUUUUCUGUCAGCUCCACAAGCUUGGGCCAGAGUGAGGAAUCAACAAUAGUCCACAACAGCCCAGAUGCAAUUGGAACAACACCCUCACCCACCCACUCCACAAUCUCAGGUCAUGGAGAAUCUACAAUCUCACCCAUCAGGUCAGGCACAACUGAAAUAAAAAUGUUACCUGGCAGUAUCACAACAACAGGCCUCAGUGAGACAUCUACCACCUUACACAGUAGCCCCAGAUCACUGACCACAACAUUCUCACCUGCCAGCAUGACAAGCCUAGGCAUCGGUGAAGAAUCCACCACCUCCCAUAGCCAACCGGGCUCAACUCACUCAACAGUGUCACCGGCCAGCACGACCACACCAGGCCUCAGUGAGGAAUCUGCCACCAUCUACAGCAGCCCAGGCUCAACUGAAACCACAGUGUCCCCUGGCAGCAGCACAACCUCAAUUAGUGGAGAAGAAUCCACAACCUUCCACAACCGGCUAGCCUCAACUCACACAACACUGUUCACUGAGGACACCACCACCUUGGGACUCACUCAGGAAUCCACAGCCAUCCCUGGCAGCCUUGUCUCCAUGCAAACGGUGUUACCUGCCACUCUCACAAUCACAGACCUCGGUGAGGAACCAACAACCUUCCCCAGCAGCUCAAGCUCAAGUGGAACAACACUCUCACCUGCCCGCUCCACAACCUCAGGCCUUGUUGGACAAUCUACAAUCUCACCCAUGAGUCCAACCUCAACUGAUACAAUAACUUUACCUGGCAUUACCACAUCACCAAGCCUCAGUGAGAAAUCUACCACCUUCUACACUAGCCCCAGAUCACCAGAUGCAACACUCUCACCUGCAACCACAACAAGCUCAGGCGUCAGUGAAGAAUCCAGCACAAUCCUUAGUCAACCAGGCUCAAAGCACACAAAAGCGUUCCCUGACAGCACCACCAUGUCAGGCCUCAGUCAGGAACCUACAACUUCCCACAGCAGUCAAAGUUCAACAGACACAACACUGUCCCCUGGCAGUACCACAACGUCAUCCCUUGAUCAAGAUUUUACAACUUUCCACAGCAGCCCAGGCUCCACUGAAACCACAGUCUCACCUGAAAACACCAUAACCUCAGGCCUCGAAGAAGCAUCUACACCCAUCCACAGCAGCACUGGCUCACGACACACAACACUGUACCCUGCCAGCUCCACAAGCCUUCAGGGAGACUUUCAGGGAGAAUCUACCACCUUCCAGACCCACCCAGGCUCAACUCACACAGCAGCUUCACCUCCUAGCACCACAACUACCCUUGUUGAAGAAUCUACUAACGACGACAGCAGCCCAGGCUCAACUGCAACAACACACUUCCCUGACAGCUCCACAACCUCAGGCCAUAGUGAGGAAUCAACAGCAUCCCACAGCAGCCCAGACACAAUGGAAACCACAUUCUUACCCACGCGCACAACAGUCUCAGUUCUUGUUGGAGAAUCUACAACCUCACCCAUGAGUUCAGGCUCAGUGGAAACAACAAUAUUACCCGACAGUACCACAACACCAGGCCUCAGUGAGAAAUCGACCACUUUCCACAGUAGCCCCAGAUCUCCAGACACAACACUCUCACCUGGCAGCACGAGAAGCUCAGGUGUCAGUCAAGAAUCCACCACCUCCCUCAGCCGACCAGGGUCAACGCACACAACGGCGUUCCCUGACAGCACCACCAUACCAGGCCUCAGUCAGGAAUCUACAGCUUCCCACAGAAGCCCAGGCUCAGCUGACAAAACACUGUUCCCUGGCAGGACCACAGCAUCAUCCCUUAAUCAAGAAUCCACAACCUUCCACAACAGCCCAGGCUCCACUCACACCACACUCUUCCCUGAAAACACCACAACCUCAGGCCUCGUUGAAGCAUCUACGCCCGUCCACAGCAGGACUGGCUCACCACACACAACACUGUCCCCUGUCGGCUCUACAACCCGGCAGGGGGAAGCUACAACCCUCGCGAGAUGGUCAAGCUCAAAUGACACUACGCCUGCACCUCCUACUACCACAUCAACCUAUGUUGAUGUAUCUACAUCCUACCAUAGAAGCCCGAGCUCAACUCCAACAACCCUCUUUUCUGUCAGCUCCACAAGCUUGGGCCGUAGUGAGGAAUCAACAGUAGUCCACAGCAGCCCAGAUGCAACUGGAACAAAACCCUCCCCCACCCAUUCCACAGCCUCAGGUCGUGGAGAAUCUACAAUCUCACCCAUCAGUCCAGGCGCAGUUGAAAUAACAAUGUUACCUGGCAGUACCACAACAACAGGCCUCAGAGAGACAUCUACCACCUUACACAGUAGCCCCAGAUCACCGACCACAACACUCUCACCUGCCAGCGCGACAAACCUAGGCGUCAGUGAAGAAUCCACCACAUCCUAUAGCCAACCAGGCUCAACUCCCUCAACAGUGUCUCUGGCCAGCACCACCACGCCAGGCCUCAGUGAGGAAUCUACCACCAUCUACAGCAGCCUAGGCUCAACUGAAACCACUGUGUCCCCUCGCAGCAGCACAACCUCAAUUCGUGGGGAAGAAUCCACAACCAUCCACAACUGGCCAGCCUCAACUCACACAACACUGUUCACUGAGGACACCACCAACUUGGGACUCACUGAGCAAUCUACAGCCCUUCCCGGCAGCCUUGUCUCCACCCAAACGGUGUUACCUGCCACCCUCACAACCACAGACCUCGGUGAGGAACCAACAACCUUCCCCAACACCUCAGGCUCAAGUGCAACAACCCUCCUACCUGCCCGCUCCACAACCUCAGGCCUUGUUGGACAAUCUACAACCUCACUCAUGAGUCCAACCUCAACUGAUACAACAACAACUUUACCUGGCAUUACCACAUCACCAAGCCUCAGUGAGAAAUCUACCACCUUCUACACUAGCCCCAGAUCACCAGAUGCAACACUCUCACCUGCAAUCACAACAAGCUCAGGCAUCAGUGAAGAAUCCAGCACAUCCCUUAGUCAACCAGGCUCAAAGCACACAACAGCCUUCCCCGACAGCACCACCAUGUCAGGCCUCAGUCAGGAACCUACAACUUCCCACAGCAGCCAAAGUUCAACAGACACAGCACUGUCCCCUGGCAGUACCACAGCCUCAUCCCUUGAUCAAGAUUUUACAACCUUCCCCAGCAGCCCAGGCUCCACUGAAACCACAGUCUCACCUGAAAACACCACAACCUCAGGCCUCGAUGAAGCCUCUACACCCAUCCACAGCAGCACUGGCUCACGACACACAACACUGUCCUCUGCCAGCUCCACAAGCCCAGGCCUUCAGGGAGAAUUUACCACCUUCCAAACCCACCCAGGCUCAACUCACACAGCACCUUCACCUCCCAGCACCACAACUACCCUUGUUGAAGAGUCUACUACCGCCGUCAGCAGCCCGGGCUCAAGUGCAACAACACACUUCCCUGACAGCUCCACAACCUCAGGCCAUAGUAAGGAAUCAACAGCAUCCCACAGCAGCCCAGACACAAUGGAAACCACAUUCUUACCCACCCGCUCCACGGUCUCAGCUCUUUUUGGAGAAUCUACAACCUCACCCAUCAGUGCAGGCUCAGUGGAAACAACAAUAUUACCCGACAGUACCACAACACCAGGCCUCAGUGAGAAAUCGACCACUUUCCACAGUAGCCCCAGAUCACCAGACACAACACUCUCACCUGGCAGCACGAGAAGCUCAGGUGUCAGUCAAGAAUCCACCACCUCCCUCAGCCGACCAGGGUCAAUGCACACAACGGCGUUCCCUGACAGCACCACCAUACCAGGCUUCAGUCAGGAAUCUACAACUUCCCACAGCAGCCCAGGCUCAACCAACACAACACUGUCCCCUGGCAGUACCACAGCAUCAUCUCUUGGUCAAGAGUCCAAAACCUUCCAUAGCAGCCCAGGCUUCACUCACACCACACUCUUCCCUGACAACACCACAACCUCAGGCCUCAUUGAAGCAUCUACGCCCAUCCACAGCAGGACUGGCUCACCACACACAACACUGUCCCCUGUCGGCUCUACAACCCGUCAGGGAGAAGCUACCACCCUGCCGAGCAGGUCAAGCUCAAAUGACACUAGGCCUGCACCUCCUACUACCACAUCAGCCUUUGUUGAUGUAUCUACAUCCUACCAUAGAAGCCCAAGCUCAACUCCAACAACCCUCUUUUCUGUCAGCUCCACAAGCUUGGGCCGUAGUGAGGAAUCAACAAUAGUCCACAGCAGCCCAGAUGCAACUGGAACAACACCCUCACCCACCCACUCCACCACCUCAGGUCGUGGAGAAUCUACAAUCUCACCCAUCAGUCCAGGCCCAGCUGAAAUAACAAUGUUACCUGGCAGUACCACAACAACAGGCCUCAGUGAGACGUCUACCACCUUACACAGUAGCCCCAGAUCACCGACCACAACACUCUCACCUGCCAGCAUGACAAGCCUAGGCGUCAGUGAAGAAUCCACCACCUCCCAUAGCCAACCGGACUCAACUCACUCAACAGUGUCUCCGGCCAGCACCACCACGCCAGGCCUCAGUGAGGAAUCUACCACCAUCUACAGCAGCCCAGGCUCAACUGAAACCACAGUGUUUUCUCACAGCACCACAAUCUCCAUUCAUGGUGAACAAUCUACAGCUUUCCUUGGCAGCCCACGCUUCACCGAAAUAGUGUUACCUGCCACCCUCACAACCAGAGACCUCGGUGAGGAAUCAACAGCCUUCCAUAGCAGCUCAGACGCAACUGGAACAACACCCUUACCUCCCCACUCCACAACCUCAGCUCUUGUUGAAGAAUCUACAACUUUCUACAUGAGCCCAUCCACUAAUUACACAACCCUCUUUCCUGCCAGUUCCAGCACAUCAGGCCUCACUGUGGAAUCUACCACCUUCCACACCAGUCCAAGCUUCCCUUUUACAAUUGCAUCUACUGAAAGCCUGCAAACCUUAGUGCCAGGGUCAUGCCAGGAAGGACAAAUCUGGAAUGGAAAACAAUGCGUCUGUCCCCAAGGCUACGUUGGUUACCAGUGCUUGUCCCCUCUGGAAUCCUUCCCUGUAGAAACCCCGGAAAAACUCAAUGCCACUUUAGGUAUGACAGUGAAAGUGACUUACAGAAAUUUCACAGAACAGAUGAAUGACUCAUCCUCCCAGGAAUACCAGAACUUCACUAACCUCUUCAAGAAUCGGAUGAAUGUCGUUUUGACGGGCGACGAUCUUCCACAGUAUAGAGGGGUGAACAUUCGGAGAUUGCUCAACGGUAGCAUCGUGGUCAAGAAUGAUGUCAUCCUGGAGGCAGACUACACUUUAGAGUAUGAAGAACUGUUUGAAAACCUGGUAGAGAUUGUAAAGGCCAAGAUUAUGAAUGAAACCAAAACAGUUCAUGAUCCUGAUUUCUGCAGAGCAGAGGCCAUACUGUGCUAUAGUGAAGAGGACACUUUCGUGGAUUCAUCGGUGACACUGGGCUUUGACUUCCAGGAGCAAUGCACCCAGAAGGCUGCCAAAGAAUAUGCCCAGUUCUACUAUGCGGAUGUCUUGGAUGGGAAGCUGGCCUGUGUGAACAAGUGCACCAAAGGAACGAAGUCCCAAAUGAACUGUAAUCUGGGCGUGUGUCAGCUGCAACGCAGUGGCCCCCACUGCCUGUGCCCAAAUACGGACACACACUGGUACUGGGGAGAGACCUGUGAAUGGAACAUCGCCAAGAGCCUCGUGUAUGGCAUCGUGGGGGCUGUGGUGGCGGUGCUGCUGCUCUCAUUGAUCAUCCUGGUCAUCUUAUUCAGCCUAUCCCAGAGAAAACUGCACAGGCAACAGUAUGAUAUGCCUCAAGAGUGGCGAAACGAAGGCACCCCUGGCACUUUCCAGAAGACGGCCAUCUGGGAAGACCAGAAUCUGAGGGAGAGCAGAUUCAGCCUCCAGAACGCCUACAACAAUUUCCGGCCCACCCUGGAGACUGUUGACUCAGGCACAGAGCUCCACAUCCAGAGGCCGGAGAUGGUAGCAUCUGCUGUGUGAGCCAGUGGGGGCCUCCCACCCUCAUCUAUCUCUGAACAGGAGAGCGGCAAACACAGAGCCCACCACAGAUCGCAGUCCCCCAGGGUUGGUCAAGAGGAGACUGAAGUUGGGCCCUGAAGCUGGUCCUGAUCUGAGCUGACAGACUUGGCCAGUCCCGGGCCUGUGCUCCUGCUGGGGGCUAUGAGGCCUUCCAACCAGGAGCCCCCAGACUCCCAGAAGCCUCAGCACCCCUGUCUCCUCCUGGGUGACUCCCCACUCUGGAAUUUCCCUACCAAUAAAAGCAAAUCUUAAAGCUCA